ACAGUCAUAUCUAAUCUAAAUCUGCAUAAAGUCACAUUUUAAAAGUACUUGUACCUGUACCAGAGUAUUUCCAAACCAAGACUGCAAAGAGCGACCUUAAAGGGAGUGUCGGUGGACCCGGGCUCCUUCAGGCCGCUUGGGGGACUCCACCAGUCCCGGAUCAGGGGGAGGAGCCUCGGUGGAGGAAGUAGCUCGCACAGCUCGGACGUGUGUGUGUGUAUCUGUGUGUGUGGAGCAGUUACCUCCGUAGUGAAGAGUGUCGCGAACCACUGGAGUGUUAAAAGGAGCAAUAAUUUGGGAAGUAAAAAAACAACACCACGCGCGUGGAGUCGCCUCGCGGGCAUUUGUGUUGGGUCGUGUGUGCGUGGUACAGGUUGAAGCGGUGCAGCUGGCCCAGAAGCGAGCACUCACCAUGCAUUCCGACUGCAGGCUGCUAUGGGCAGAGCGGUAAUGGUGGGCAGGGAGCCGACAGGGGCCGGGGGUCUCGUCCUGUCGAUCCUCAUCAUCCUCACCGCGGAGGGCUGUGGAGCGCAGAAAGGUGAUGGCUGUGGCCCGAGUGUCCUCGGCCCCAGCAGCGGCACGCUGUCCUCUCUGGGUUACCCGGGGACGUAUCCCAACGACACGGUGUGCGAGUGGGAGAUCAGCGUUCCCCGCGGCAGCAGGGUCCACUUUCGCUUCGCCGAGCUGGACUUCGAAAACAGCAACUGCCAGGUCAACUACCUCCGCCUCUACAACGGCAUCGGACCCGGGAGGAGUGAGAUCGUGAAGUACUGCGGGUUGAGCACGAAGGUCAAAGAGCUGGUUGAGUCCACUGGCCACCAGGUGACCGUCCAGUUCAUGAGCGGGACCCAUCACACCGGACGUGGGUUCUACCUGUCCUACUCGACGACCGAGCACACGGAUCUAAUCACCUGCCUGGACAAAGGGACUCAUUUCCCAGAGGCCGAGUUCAGUAAAUACUGUCCGGCUGGCUGCUUGACGUCCACCGAGGAGAUUUCUGGAACGAUACCCAAUGGAUACCGAGAGUCCUCUCCGGUGUGUGUGGCGGCGGUCCACGCUGGCGUGGUGUCCAACGGCGUGGGCGGGAGGAUCAGCGUGGUCAACAGCAAAGGCAUCCCGCACUACGAGGCAACGCUGGCCAACAACGUGACGUCCACUGGAGGAACUUUGUCCGACAGCCUCUUCACCUUCAGGACCAACGGCUGCUCUGGGAGGCUGGGUUUAGAAUCCAACGCCGUCGCCGACGCUCAGCUGUCGGCCUCGUCCGUGUACGAGUGUAAAACCGGCCGUGGCCAGGACAGCGUGUGGGCGCCCUCGGGGGCGCGGCUUAACAAGGCGGGGCUGCCCUGGGCGUCCUAUCAGCUCGACCAGCAGCAGUGGCUGCAGGUGGAUCUCAAGAGGGAGAAGAGGAUCACAGGCAUCACCACCACCGGCUCCACCGACAGAGAGUACCAGUACUACGUGUCGGCCUACCGGGUCCUGUACAGCGCCGACGGCCAGCACUGGUCCGUCUACAGGGAGGAUAAUUCUCCCCAAGACAAGAUCUUCCAAGGCAACGUCAACUACCUGCACGAGGUGAGGAACAACUUCAUCCCCCCGAUCGAGGCCCGGCUCGUGAGGAUCAAUCCGACGCUGUGGCACCAAAGAAUCGCCGUCAAGCUGGAGCUGGUGGGCUGCCAGAUCACCAACACGGUGAGGCGGAAGACCGAGCAGCGGCCCCGGAUGUCGCCUCCCUCCCGCCACACGCCGCCGGCCGGGACGAAGCGGACCCCUCACCUCGGCGGAACCACACACACCCCCGACAUCAGGAACACCACGAUGCCGCCUCACUCCGGCAAAGACGUGGCGCUGGCAGCGGUUCUGGUGCCCGUGUUGGUCAUGGUUCUGACUGCCCUCAUCCUGGUAGUGGUGUGUGCGUGGCACUGGAGGAACAGGAAGAAGAGUUCUGAAGGGACGUACGACCUCCCUCACUGGGACCGCACAGACUGGUGGAGGAGCAUGAAGCAGCUGCUGCCCUCCAAGAUGGUGGAGGCCGAGGACUCUGUCCGGUACAGCAGUAGCGAGGUGGGCCGGCUCUCGGGGCGAGGCGAGGUACCGCGACUCCACGCCGAGCCUGCAGAAUACGCUCAGCCGCUGGUGAGCGGCGUCACGACGUUGGGCGCCCGGUCCACCUUCAAGCCGGACGAGGGUCCCGACCCGGGUUACUCCGACCCCGACCUGUACGACGCCCCCAUCUCGCCGGACGUGUACCACGCCUACGCGGAGCCCUUGCCGGCCUCGGGGUCGGAAUACGCCACGCCCAUCGUGGUGGACAUGGGCUGCCACCCGGCGGGGGGCUCCUCUCUGAGCCAGCAGCCCACCGCCGCCGCCGCGGGGUGCGGCUUCAUGGCAGCCGGGCCGGCCUCCCUGCUCCCGCGGACAGACGGCGGCCAAUCGGUUGGCCGCUUGGCUUACGACACGCCCAAAAAUGCCACUGGACAGGUCACGCCCACUGAGGAUCUGACCUAUCAGGUACCUCAGAGUAACACUCAGAAGCCAACGGGAAAGAGCUGAGGACACAGACACAGAGGGAGGAGGAGGAGGAGGAGGG